AUGGAUGAGGUGGACUCCAACCCCCUUUCGGCGAGUGCAGCGAUGCGCGAGGCGGGGGCCGUGGCGUCUGCGUCGUCAGAGUCCGAUUUCUUUUUUGGCGCCGACGUGUUUGCGGAGAAGCUGUUCCUCGAUGACGAAAACGACGUCUCCAGCGAGGACAACAACAUCGACGCCCGUUACGAUAGGGUGGGAAGCGGCGACAACGGCACUUUGAUGCAGGCUCCGCGCUCAGAAACUCAGAGCCGUACAAACCUGUUUAUAAGUAACCUGCCGCACAAGAUGGAGCAGCAAGACUUGGAGAAGUUGUUUUCCCCCUAUGGGCAGAUUCUCUCAGCGGCGGUUAUGCGCAAUAUUCAUACGGGUAACAGUCUUGGCACCGCUUUUGUGCGGUACACCACCACGAAGGCGGCAAUGUGUGCCAUUGAGGCGAUGUCAGGAAAACGGGUGAAUGGACGAGCGAUCAUCGUCCAGUGGGCAUGGAAGCAGCACGAUGGCACCCCCGUUGGUGAGGCUCGCAAAAAAAUUUGCAAACUCUUUGUUCGAAACAUUCCACUGGAUAUUAGCACCACCGACCUUGAGGAGAUGUUCAGUCUUUACGGCCCGAUCAAGUCUGUCUCGAUUCAUAAAGACACUGCACCUGCUACCGAUAGGCGCUCAGAGCGUCACAUCGCCUUCAUCACGUACCUUGUGGCUGGUGCUGCUGUGAAGGCUGCCGAGGCGGUUCACAACACCCGUCCCUUCCCUACUUGUGGGAAAGUUCCGCUGAUGGUAAAACUAGCGGAGGACAUCCCGCAGCACAACCAUCAUGGCACCGGCAGCAACAACGUUAACAAUGCCUUGAAAGGUCAGAGGCAGCUACGGAGUGGUGGGGGGAGAACGUCUCCCGGGCAGGAGUCAGGUUACAGUGGCUCACCUGCACAAGGAUGCCUUCCAGUUGGAGAUGGCAUACGUGGACUGGCUGUUGCACCCGGCUCCUUUGUUCCUGUGAUGACGUCUGGUGGUGGCCUCAUGUUGCCUGCCUCAGUUCCGGGUGCAGUGAUGGGAACUAAAGCGCCUCAUCCCUGGGGGGCGCCGAUGCUCUGGCCGCAGGGAACAGGAGUGCCGUUUGCGUUUUACAGUGGAGGUGUGGCGGCAACCCCCGCCAAACCACAUGCCAUGAACAACACGCUUGUCACUGUUCCCUCUCGACUACCAGUUUCAUGCGUGAAUUAUGAGGGGUUCGCAUCGCCUCCCACGUACACGGCGCUGUUGUGCCCAGCCACGCUCGAAGCCUCCUCUGAAACGCGGGCGGAUGGGCUGGGCGGAAACUCCACGUUUGGUGUCUCCGGGUUUCCUUUUUUCUUAGGGAAGAGACACACGGCGCUGCCAACGGAACGCGCGGCAAUGACGGUCACCUCACCACAAAGCGACGCCGGGUUUAGAUAG